AUGCAUUUGCUGUUUUUGUUUCUUUUUAAAUGCCCUUCCUCUAGAGCCGUACAUCAAAGUCAUCCCGGUAGGCUUCCUCGUGUACGACAGCAGCAUUUCAGAGUACCGUUAGAUCAAGUAGUGGUAGCGGCGAUUCACCCAUCAAUAACUACAACAGCAAGUGCAAUCAAAAGAUAUCCUCCGAAAAAAAGAAAUUGUUACUUUCCUAAUGAGAAACAACUGCAGUAUUUUGUAAAUUAUACCCAAAUGGAUUGCCAAAUAGAAUGUAAAACAAACCACACUCUGAAGCAAUGUGGAUGUGUCGAUUUUUACAUGCCAAGAGAACGCGAUGUUCCGGUCUGUGCUGAAGAAAGGAUCAACUGUAUAUUUGAAAGUGAACGCGAACUUCUACUUUCAAAUAUAGAGAAAAAGUUACACUCACUAAAACAAGGAAAAAUUGCAAAAGAUAAGUGUGACUGUAUGCCCAUCUGUACAUCGAUGUAUUAUAACCUAGAAACGUCUCAAGCUACGUGGGAUUGGCAGGCUCAAUUUGAAACAAAUGAUAAGCAGUGA